UUCUUUUCUACAGUUUGAUCAUUUUACACAUUUAAAGAAUCCGAUAACUUGAUGACGACGAGAAAAAGCCUUUGACCUUCAGCAUACUCAAUUACAGUUGUGAUGGCGGGGAACCGAACCUCCCAAACAUCCGUCAUCCCGGAUAAAUUAUUCAUAAUGGAGCUGCGAGGAAGACAGCAGGACGGAUGCAUUUGUUUUGCCCGUCCCAUCACUUCCCUCCACAUGUCUCCCAACCUCUCUGUGCGCUUCAUAUUUGGCGCACAACAGAGACAACAGAAAGAUAAAUGCUCUCCCGCUGCUCCCAGACAAACACGACUUCCAACAUUAUAACCCACGCUGAUCCUCUGAAUUCAACACAAGUUUUUAUUUGUUUCAGCAGCAGCUUGUGGAGCGGGAGUUCUCCUGGUGGUGCUUUCCACCAGAUUUGCCGUUGUUUGGAAAAUCUGUUGCAGAAACAAAAGAGAUAUCAAAUUACCAAAGCGUCUCUCUGGUUUCUACACGAAUUCUUUCCGACUUCUUCAGCGGAAACAGGUUUAACACAUUGCAACACGCAUGAAGCGGAGUUGUGCAAGGCGUGCUCAUGGCGAACAUCAUGUCUGAACGAGUCAUGGGCUGUGGGAGCGUUUUUUUUUUUUAUGCAAUAUCCAUGCCAGACAGAACAGACUCGCAUGUCAGCGCGCACCCAUGUCUGAGGUCACACCGGAGAAAGACGGGAAACAUCAUUUUCUGCAGACGUGCAGCACUCGCCUGGUAAUUGGAAAUGUCUUGGAGCACAGUACGACUUCCUGCAAGUGUCAGAUUUUCAUCAGAAGAUGUUCCAUGAUUCAGAAAAUAGUAUUUUUUUUCCCCCCGAGGACUUAAAGCUGCAUGUAUUUCAAUAAAAGAAGAACACUUUUACUGCUCCUCAGGCUCCAUAUAACAUGGGAUUAAAGCUAUUUAAAUAAAAACUAUAAUAUGAGUGGAUCUAUGACUAAUAUGGGAUUUAAAGUCUCCACUCCUUCACAAACUGUUUCGGUUUAUGGAAACCUGGCAGAAACUUUCCAUGUUCAGGAGCCGGAUUUGACCUUUUUCCUUUAUCACAAAAUAGUUUUUUUUAUUUCUUAACAUCCUGAAUGUGCUGCGACGUCACCAGUCAUAUGUGUUCAUCUCUGACAUGUUCACCAGCUGUUGCAGAGCAGGGCAGGGCGUGCCCCCCCCUGCGACACCUCUGCAAGAAUUAGACUCAAAUUUUUCCACUCGCCUAAUCACAUGUAUGCUUACUAUAGACAAAAUAUCUUGUUUUUUUCCCCGCUGAUUGCUGAGAGGAGGCCUGUGGUGGGCGGUUCUAGUACUUUUCCCACCUUGUCAGGGGAGCUUCUUAAGGUGGCUCAUCUCCCUGGUGGAGCAGUUUCAGGUUUAGCCCCUAAAGGAGAGGAGCUCUGGGAUCUGCUGGCCACCUGACUCGGUUUGAUUUAUUGCCCGCACACUCCUGAACAAGCGCCUUGCAGAGACAGAAUGGAGGACCCGUGGCAGAGGGCAUACGACUUCGCUGUGGAGGUGGCAAGAAAAGCCGGAGCGGAAAUCCGUAACGCUGGCGACAGUGAGAUCCGAGUCAUGACCAAAAGCUCCACCGUGGAUCUUGUCACCAAGACGGAUGAGAGGGUGGAGAAGAUCAUCAUCGGGUCUCUCAUAGAGGAGUUUGGAGAAGGCACACACUGUUUCAUCGGCGAGGAAUCCGUCGCCAAGGGGGAGCCGUGCAUCCUGACUGACAAACCCACGUGGAUCAUCGACCCGGUGGACGGCACCACCAACUUUGUACACGGGUUUCCGUUUGUGGCCGUGUCCAUCGCCUUUGCCGUGAAUAAACAGCUGGAGUUCGGGGUGGUCUACAGCUGCUUGGAGGACAAGAUGUAUAAAGCGAGGAAGGGCAAAGGAGCUUUCUGCAACGACGAACAGAUCCAGGUGUCAGAUGUGAAAGAUAUCCACAAAUCUAUUAUUAUUUCUGAGCAUGGUACGGACAGAAGCCCUGAAAAAGUCACCAAGAUCUUCUCCACCAUGCAGAAGAUCCUCUGUAUCCCAGUUCACGGACUCCGAGGGUCAGGAACAGCGGCCACCAACAUGUGUCUGGUGGCGACCGGCGCCGUGGAGGCCUUCUUUGAGAUCGGCAUCCACUGCUGGGACAUUGCAGCCGGAGCAGUUAUCGUCCAAGAAGCCGGAGGAAUCCUUCUAGAUGUUGACGGAGGACCCUUCGACUUAAUGUCCCGGCGGAUGGUUUCGGCAAACAACGACACCAUCGCUAAACGGAUCAUCAAGGAAAUCGAAAUCUUCCCCGUGGUGAGGGACGACGCUCCAGCAGAGACGCAAUGAGAAGAAAAAGCAGUCCAGUGUGAAUUUCAAAAUGUACCGCAAAGUGAUAGCAGUAUUUUUUUAAACUAAUAUAUGUUUUUCUUGAAUAAAGUUACCGAGCUGCAAUCAGCUCUCAUUGUCUCGACCCGAACCCUGGCGCUCCUCCGGAGGCUCAUUCUGUCCAUUAAUAUCAGCUCACUUUGAUUGCCUCUCUGAGAUUUGUCUGUGAAACAUUUUGAUUGAAGAGCGAAACAGCUAUAAUUUAACACUUAACAAUUUCCUGCAGAAUUUCCCCCCUCUCUUCUGCAUUUUGCCAUCUGCUGUAACAAUAAAUGUGUUUUUCCAAACCCA